CAUUGUUCAUUUUCAAGAUGGCGGCAGAGACUGGGCUUGUGAAUGUGGUUUUGGUUUUUCUUUUACUUCCUAGUUUUAUUUUUUGCGAUUCUGGCGAAAGACAUGUUAAAUUUGAAUAUAAAUAUAGUUUUAAAGGUCCUCACUUAGUAAAUAAGCAGGGUUCUAUACCUUUCUGGAAUUUUGGAGGAAGUGCUAUGCCAAGUAAUGAGCAAGUACGGCUCACCCCAUCUUUACGGGACAAAAAAGGUUUCAUGUGGACAGCAAAUAAGUUCACAAGUGAAUGGUGGGAAAUUGAGGUUUCAUUCAGAGUUACUGGAAGAGGGAGAGUAGGAGCUGAUGGACUUGCAAUUUGGUUUACCGAGAAGCCAGGUGAAGAGGGUCCUGUGUUUGGUAGUUCAGAUAAAUGGACUGGCUUAGGAGUGUUGUGUGACUCAUUUGACAAUGAUGGCCAGCAAAAUAACCCAUUUGUGUCAGUUAUGGUAAAUGAUGGAACUAAGAACUAUGAGCAUUACAAUGAUGGUAAGAAUCAACAUCUAGGAGGUUGUCUGCGUGACUUCAGAAACCGCCCCCACCCUGUCCGAGUUAGGGUGCGCUAUUACCAGAAUGUCCUCACUUUGUGGUUCCAUUCUGGCAUGAGCACAAGCAAUGAGGAGUUUGAGUUGUGUACAAGAGUUGAAAAUGUUAACCUACCUAAGGAAGGAGGAUACUUUGGACUUUCUGCAGCAACUGGUGGACUUGCUGAUGAUCAUGAUGCGUUUUCGUUCAGCACUUUAACCCUGACACCGCCCAAACCUCAGGAAAAGUCUGAGUCAGGGAUGUCAAAGGAUGAGCAAGACAAGCUUGAGAAACAGUAUGAGGAAUAUCAACAAAAGCUUGAAAAACAGAAGCAAGAGUAUGCACAAGCCCAUCCUGACAAAGUUAAGAAAGAUGAAGAGCAGUAUGAGUCUGUGUAUGAGAGGGAUAUUCGUCUGGUUUAUGAAGGACAGAAUGCAAUUCAUCACAUGCUCAAUCAAUUACACACCAAGACAGGAGAGCUUACAGUUCAAGCGAAUGCUCUUACCACCCUGGUACAGACAGACCACAACCGCCUGGGCAACGUUGUGACCAUGGACCAGACCAUCACCCGCCAGGAAGUCAACACACUAAUCAAUGUACAGCAACAACUUGUGCAGAAAAUGGAUGAGAUGAAGUCAAGCAUUGGAAAAAUGCCAUCUGGUGGACAUAAUAUUGACAGGCGAGACAUAGGAACUGUAGACAUGUCAGACAAGCUUAGAGACAUCCAGGCAGCAGUGGAAUCCAUGACCCACUCUGUUAAUCAUCUUGCUUCCCAAAAACAGUUCACAGGUGACAAGAAGGCCACUGACUGCCCACCCCCUCCUCCCAUGCCUCAGUGUGUCGGCCCAGGCUAUUUUGUGUUUCUAGUUGUUGCUCAGAUUGCAAUGCUCAUUGGCUACAUCACGUAUCGCAAUCAGAAGGAGGCUGCUGCAAAGAAGUUCUUUUAAUUUUAAUUGACUCUGAAUAAUAUUUGUAUUAUUAUUAUGAGAUUUUUCAUACUGAAACACCUAUAUUUACCCUUGGUAUAAGUUUUAUAAUUUAAACCAAGAAAACAGCAAGAAACUUGAAAAUGUCACGUUGUCAUGUCACGCUGCAGUGAAAACAAUUUCUUUCAUAAUAAAAGCAAAAAAAAAAACAGAUUCCAUAUGAAGAAAUUCAGUACAUUAUAGCAUUGAAAAUUGUUGUUUUCAGUUCUUUUUGAUAUGAAAAAAGGUGAUUUGACUGCCUCGUGGUGCCCUACAUGACAACAUGCACAAUUUGCAAUGUUCACAUUUCAUGAAAACAGUCCCGGGUAAUUACAUUGUACGUAUUGGUGUAUACGCACUUUAAAAAGAGCGUUGAAAAUGCAAAGAAGUUUAGAUGGCAGGAUUGCAUACAUAACAUAGAAAAAUUAGCAAACCACUCGGGGAUUUCUGUGACUGCAUAGCUGGCAACUCUCCCGCAUUAGGCGGGAGUCUCAAGAUUUUGAACUUUUUCCCAAGCCUAAUUUUCUUGAAAAUAUCCAUACGUUUAUUGUGUUCUCCUGCAUUAGCUAUCUUGGUACUUUUGAUACAUUCACUGUAUUUUCUCAAGAUUUUUCCUAAAGCGAGGUUGACAACUAUGUAACUGUAUAAACAUGAAUAUAAUAUCGUGAAAAAGCGUUCGUGUAUUCCCUGUCUCCUAUUUUGUUGGUUUAUUUGAUUUUCACUUGAUUUACUACUGUGCUGUUGUUUUUAAUAUUUUCUGUAUGAAUCUUGAUUUUCUGUUUUUAUUCUCUUGGCUGGAACAUAGAUUAUAUUUAUUUAACUAGGUAGAAUGUGUUUGAUAUUCACGGAUUUGAACAUAUUUAAAAAUAAAAUAGCGUUUAUACUUG